GGGGUUGUUGCUAGGUAACCGUUUCCUGUCAGACCGAGGCCCAUUGACGUCACUUGUGGGCUGUGAUUGGCUGACGCGGCGGUUUCCGGUGAGUGCGAGGAAUAGACACCCGGAGGUGGAGGCCCAGGACACCCGGAUCACCGGGAGAGCGGUCUCCGAACACUCGAGCUACACCGAGCACAGCGCUUUCAGCUCCUGCGCCAUGGCAUCGUGCAGUACUAGCAGCGAGGAGGAUCGUAGCCUUCGGGAGUGUGAGCACUAUGUACAGAAACACAACAUUCAGCAGCUUCUCAAAGACUGCAUUGUACAGCUAUGCACGGCCCGGCCUGACAAACCCAUGGCCUUUCUCCGAGAGUACUUUGAGCGUCUGGAAAAGGAGGAAGCUAAACAGUCCAUAAACCAGCAGAAAUCAGGCUCCCGCUCGGACUCUCGGGAGGAUGAGAUCUCCCCUCCCCCACCCAUGAACCCAGUGGUAAAGGGUCGGAGACGCCGCGGGGCCAUCAGUGCUGAAGUAUACACUGAGGAAGAUGCUGCAUCAUAUGUACGCAAGGUGAUACCCAAAGAUUACAAAACUAUGGCUGCUCUGGCUAAGGCCAUAGAGAAGAAUGUUUUGUUUGCUCAUUUGGACGACAAUGAGAGGAGCGACAUCUUUGACGCCAUGUUUUCUGUGACCUAUAUUGCCGGAGAAACUGUGAUACAGCAGGGAGAUGAAGGAGAUAAUUUUUAUGUUGUCGACCAAGGUGAAAUGGAUGUGUACGUCAGCAAUGAGUGGAUGACCAGUAUUGGGGAAGGCGGCAGCUUUGGAGAACUGGCUUUGAUUUAUGGAACUCCUAGAGCCGCCACAGUGAAAGCUAAAACCAAUGUUAAGUUGUGGGGAAUAGACAGAGAUAGUUACAGACGAAUCCUUAUGGGGAGUACCUUGCGGAAACGAAAGAUGUAUGAGGAAUUUCUGAGCAAAGUGUCUAUUCUAGAAUCACUGGACAAGUGGGAACGGCUGACCGUAGCAGAUGCUUUAGAACCUGUACAGUUUGAGGAUGGGCAGAAAAUUGUGAUGCAAGGCGAGCCUGGGGAUGAGUUCUUCAUUAUCCUGGAGGGUACUGCAGCUGUGCUCCAGCGUCGCUCUGAGAACGAGGAGUUUGUGGAGGUGGGCCGACUGGGUCCUUCGGAUUAUUUUGGUGAAAUUGCCCUGCUGAUGAACAGACCCAGAGCAGCCACUGUGGUGGCUCGUGGGCCAUUGAAAUGUGUGAAGCUGGACCGCCCGCGCUUUGAACGUGUCCUGGGGCCCUGCUCCGAUAUCUUGAAGAGAAACAUCCAGCAGUACAACAGCUUUGUGUCACUGUCUGUCUGAAUCCCCCUUCUGCCCACACCCUACACUUCUGCAGAUAGCUUGUGCACCACGUCACCAUUGCACCGCUUUACCUCCACGACGCGUCACCACCGCACCCGCCACCUCCGCAGAUUGCUUGUGUGCCAUGGCACCUCCAAUCCUGUCUGUCUCAAGAUGAGGACAAGCUGGAAAUCCUCAGCCCUUUAAUUUACAAGUCCUUUUCUAUUUCCUCUUAACACUUGAGCUGCCAGUCUCUUCUGGUUGUGGAGGCAAGUACUGGUGCUGCCCAUUUUAGAUCUACAGUGAGCUGCGAGGAAGUUUGGUUAGUCAGCGACAUAUAUGACUCCGUAGCUGUUUUAAGUACAGCAAACCACUGCCUGUAGAAAAUAUUGUCAGACUGUUUGUGUCAUUGUGUAGCAGUGGUUUUCAGAUUAGAGUAGCCUCAACCAUUAAGACUAAGGUACAACACAAACAAAGCGAUGUCCAUCUUGCAUUAGUGUUAUCAUCGCAGUAUAACCCUGCAGGUCCUGUAGCCCUGGCUGACACCACAUUUCUGCACGCAUGGAAAUCUGUGACCGCUUUUCUGUGUGAAACGCCAGUGCGCUGUGUUUCUGUAAUGAGGGCAGAGCUUCAAUGUGUACCUGGCACGAAAAACUACUUGUUGCGUGGGGGCUGGCAGCUUUUACCAGUGAAGCUUUUUAUUUUUCCCUACCUUUUUAAGAAAAAAAAAAAAUAUGAUUUGUAUUUCUCAGUGCGUUUUUACUCUUUGGUCACAUACACAAUGAUAUUCUGUCUGUCUUGUUUCACAUUUCACAUAUGUAGGGACUGUCUUUGUGGAGUUCAUUACUUCAUUUCUUCUUGAAGUCUGGGUAUCAAUUGGAUCUGAAUUAAAAUAAGUUUGUGACUUGAUUAAAUAUGAUUUUAGUGGCAGUUCGGAGAGGCGGUUAUGCUUCUCUUUGGUAAUUAUCAAUGAACAUAAACAUAAUAAAUGAGCAUGCUUACCACACACCCCCCAAACCACCAGCACCACUUCCAUACUCUUGUUGAGGUUAUCCAGUAAGGUGGUUUUGUAAACUUUAGGGUUCGGCCAGUAGUCUACUGCAGUCAUUGCUAAUGAGAACUCAUGAAAAUGUUAUGUAUGGAAGGAGAUUUGUUCUGAGCUGGUUUCCUUGUGUCACUCUUCUGCAAUUUGAUUCAUUUAGCAAUUUAAUUCCUUAGGUGACUGGGGAGAAGUUUCUAUAAUUUUUGUUAAUGUGACAAGUUGGGGGGGGGGGGGGGGGAGUAAAGCUGGGUCUCCAGACACCAGCAGUGCACCUGUUAUAUAGACUGGUAGGUCCCAGUCCUUCAGCCAGAUCAGUGUAGCAAAGCUGAGUUAAUGACCUCUUUAAUGCAACGCAACUGUCCUUCCGUUUAGUUUUUGGUAAGCAUUUGUGAGUCCAUUCUACCUUCUGUGAGUUCUAUCCAACAUCCUUUCCAGUGAGUCCGAAGAAUUUUUUUUAUUUUUAAAAAAAUGCUAAUUAAUAAAGAUGUAUUUUAAAUUGACUCAAUGCAUAGGAAAGUUCAAGCAUCUUGAAUACAGCAAAGCUGGUUAAAAUAUAUUUGAUGAUUUAUAGAUUUGCAGUUUUUUUUCUGGCAGGGUGCUCUUUAUCAGGUGUAGCUGGGUAUUUACUGCUCGUUCAUACAGGAUCUUAUAUAUAAUAUAUAAUAUAUAUAUAUAUAUAUAUAUAUAUAUAUAUAUAUAUAUUAAUUGUCACUCCGACUCUCUACAUGUGUCUGCGUUAUGCAUCUUGUCCCGUAUCACAACACGGCCGGACUUUUAGCUUUGUAGAAAUAUCUGAUUUAAAACAGCCCAGCGUGAAGUGAAUUAUUAAUAGCGCACUUUGUUUUGUUUCCAUUGUGUGUGCUAUCCACACCUAUCUGAGACACAAGUUGUGUACAAUUCUGUCUUAGCUGGCACAUCUAGGCUCUGAGAUUGGUGUCCAAGAGAGGUACCGUCUAGUCACAUAAAGAGGACCAUUUUUGUAUUGUUACCUGAUUAUAUAAAUCUCAUUUACUGUAUGUGCUAAAAAAUAUAUAUAUAUUCCUUUUGUUAUAGAUUUCUCCUACAAGCAGGUUCAGCAAUAAAAAUGAUUUUAAUUCUUAAAUUGUCUUUUAUCCAACUAAGAGUUCAUGCCAAAUUGAUUUCUGUCUUUCGUUUAUACACUUGUACGCAUUUUGCUGAAUCUAUUGGAACAAAUGUAACACUGUAAUUUCACGUACUGAGAAAAUGAUUGAUAUGCUACUGCUUUUCAUAGGCUUCAUUUUUUAUCUCUCAUGAAUACCCAAAGGCUGUUUGUAUUAUUUUUUUGGUUGGAGCAAUCCCUGAUUAGCUGCCACAGUCAGAUAUGUAGUCUUGUAGAGUCUGUGUGUACAUAAGAUUUCCAGAUCUACUGUGUCCUCUACUUGUUGCUGAAAGCAGCCCCAACACUGCACCAUCUGCCUGACUUACUAUGAAGCCUGUCCAGUUGCAUCCUAUUAAUGAGUCUUUUGGGGAGACACCGCCUUCAACACAACUUACUUUCUGUGUCUGGUCAGGCUGGUGUUGCUUAUGGGAGUUGGUAGAAGAUUCUCACUUCUUGUGGUGUCACGCUGCUGCCUGCUGGUACUGGGUGAGACUGCAUCUGGCUUUCUGUACUGACUGUGCAGUGCGGUGUCAUUUCUCUUUCUGGGAAGUGGAUUUGAAACUAGAUCUAUGCAGCAGGACAGGAACUGGAUGUAGAUUCCAUGCCAGCAAUUCUCUGUGAGACGUGUGGUGCUGACCUGUGAUGUGCACUCAGGUGGGAAUGCAGUGGACUCUGUAUGCUUGGCCAGUUGCUAUUCAAGAUACUACCACAUGGUGGUAGCAGCAGCAGAAUAGAUGAACAAUUGAUCAUGAAAGAAUGAGGACCUCAUUUACAAAAUGCCUUGACACAGUCCAUCCUCUAUAAGACCACCCCUUAAAGUAAAUAAAGUAUAUGAUUUCUCUUAAAA